AUGUCCGACGAGGACGACCUCGAACUGCAUGCUACUGGUCGCUUUGAGGAGUUGAUGCUAGAGUGGCGCAACGCUCGAAACUCUCCCGGCUACAACCCACAGGCCAUACUCACCAAGUAGAUUGUUUAUCGAUCCUUAUACCUAAACCACCUAGGUUUUCAGAACUUUUUGAAGAACAGAUUAACAUAUUCUACAGGACCGACCCCGACCCCCUCGAUGAUCGUCAUCCCCUCCGAACUGACUCCAACUGUGAGCUCGGUCAAUUGCUUCGUCUCAUCACCCUCCAUGACUCCUUCUUUGAGAGACUCACUGACUACCUUUGUGGUAGCGACGACCCCAAUGAUCCCACUGUCAGGGCUGCCGCCAGACUCCUCUGCAGCAUACACUUUGGUGUAACCCUUUCUUUUACUGUAGGCGAGGGGGUAAUUUAUUAUAUCUGCCUUAUACACGCACCCACUCUCCUGUAGGAUAUUACAGUGAACACAUUGUACAAGUUGGCCCUCAGCGAUGCUGAACCGACCAACUGCUAUGCUCUCCUCCUCCUUGGGUCUAUAUUGGAUAACGCGGAGUUGUUGUACGUCACCAAACACCGCAACAUUGAACUGGUAUGUUGCUUAAGUAUGUUUAGCUCUAUCAUCUGACCAGGUUCCUAUUGUGCUCAAUCGCAUGGCGUCCUACAUUGUCCAGCUCGAAAGUGAUAUCCAUCAGAGUAGGUUUUUUCGGUUAUUGAUUGCAUUUUGACUUAAAGUCACGUAUUUAUGCCCUUGUAUUUCCCGCGCUGUUAUAUCACUAGACGUAUGGGAUGCCCGGCAGAUUCCCGUGGAGAUUAAAUGCUGGUAGGUUACUUUGGCGAAUGGAGAUAUACGAUUGUGGGAGGCUUUUUUGACUCGAUUACAAAGGAACAUGGCGUUUCAAAACGCAUAAACCAGGGAAGGAGUGUUUGGCCAGACUCAACGUCCGAAGUCACUUCUGGUUGUCAUGAAUCAGUCUUUGUAUUCAAUUCUGACUAUAUUAGGUAAAAAAGGACGUUCUUACUGCACAGAUUGACUAAAUUCAAGCUCAUCUCAUCACUGUUCAGCCGGGAAUACUCAACAGCUGAUGCUAUAAACAUUCGGUGGCCGAGCUAGUUAUGGCAUAUAAUGCAGCCAGAAGUUUCCUCUCUCUUCUCCGUAGAUCCUACAUCUAGCAACGAUGCGGGGUUUAGCAACCGAUUGGGCUCUUUCUGUCUGGAACCGAUGACACUGGAGAUGAAACUGCGACUCUGCAUGUCAUAUCUUACGUCUCUCGCUGAAUACCAGGAUGUGAGUUCAUUACUUGUCCAUUCCGCACUUUGUGGUGCCCUUCCUUUAUUACCCAGCAGUGGUCUGUUUUGCUUCUUGCAUAUUUAAAACUGUUGUCUUUAGUGACCUAACCAUCAUAUGUAAUUAAUUUCAAGCUGGUUAUAUUGGCUCGAAUUGGUUCUACGAGCAGUUCAACCGGCUCGACGGUUUUUGCAUCUGAUGACAAUGGCCAUCUCCACGAGUAUGGUCCUUAUAUUCGGUGUUUGCUGCUCAAAGUCAAGGAUAUCUCUAUACACAUGAAUGUAAUAGUAAUCAGAACGCUUACAUUCGUAUAACUGAGCGUUAGCCUUACCCGCAUUGUACAUUCAUUCAGCUGCUAAAGAGUACUAGUUUGACAUCUUAUCUAAAGAUUGAGCGAAGUGGCUUUUACCUUAGACGUUGCAACGAAUGUGCUCGCCUAUAUUUUUGAAAAAUAGACAGAGUGGCUCGCGUGUGACUUCAAAUAGUUGCUACUGGGAAGUAAUUUCCUUUUCAUAAUUACCAGCCUGUGCAGCUGCGGCAAUUUCAUGAGGGAAAACCUCAGACGCAUACUAGAGGACAGGUAAUUACUUAUCGCAGUGAAGCUGCCAGUAGUUUCAAUUGGACGUCAUUUCCCACAACUUGUCGCCAACGAUUUGUGCGCUUGCUCAGUAACAUUUGCUGUCAAUUUGAAGUCUCGGUUGUUUUACCUCAUUUUUUUGCACUCUUUUUCGCCUUUGAUCGCUUGAGUGCAUCCUAUUAGGCACUAGCGACCUCUGUCGCCUCCCCUGCAUGUUUUAUACGCUAUUUCUUUUUGUUUUAUUUUUCACUACCCUACAUAGAUGAUGCCUUACAUGUAUGACGGGGGCGUCUUACGCUAUGUCUACAAAUUCCUUGAACCCGAAUCCUCUGGUCGAGACAUUCGUCUGACUUUUGAGGCCUUGCGUCUGUUGGCAAAUCUCCUCUGUCAUCGUUGUAUCCAUUUGGACUUCGUCGAGUCCCGGGGACUGGAGUUGGUCCUAAAGGUACCCAGACCAUCGGUCGCUGCAACCGCGGUCAGCGUUGUGCUUUACUACACCGCCUACUUUGAGGACGCAAUGGAGCGGGUAAAUUAAUAAGAUUACGUCUUCAACACCUUUUUCCAUUUUUAUCACCACACCCGCGACGUGGGCGUGGAGGGCACCUAGUUUCCCUUUUAGGCAAACUUUUCUAAAGCUUGUGUGUCGAGCGGACACCAUCUGGAGAAUCCGUUGUGUAUGAGCGUCUAGGCUGCGGGCAGAAAGCGUGUCCAUCCCUCUAGUACUGCAGUAUACUGCUAAUUCUUUUCUGCCGCCAGUAGUGAUCCUCUUUAUAAGUGUUGAUGGAAUAUUGUUGGAGGGAUUGGCCAUGUCGUUUCAGUGGAUACAGUGACUAUCAUCUUAACCAUGCCGAAAAUCCAUCGCCCCGACAUACCUUAUUAGUCAUGUCCAACGUCAGCAGACUGCGGAGUCUUAGAGCGUUUGCCUUUUCACCUUUGCUUAUAUCCUUCCCGAAUACCCUUAUGAAUAUUACCUCCUACCUCGUUGUCCGAUGAUUUUGUUACUGUGUGAGGUGCAUUGGUUGUACAGUGUUCAUUCGUCAAAACCAAGAUGUGCACACUUUCUAAUGUCUUGGCUUUUGCCGAAAUGCGUUGUAGUAGACGCCUACUGGUCUCCGAAAUAGCAUGGCAGUGACUACUCUGUUACUGAUAGACAGAGUGAAACCUUCACCUCUUGGCAGGGAUUCGUAGGUGUCGUCAUCCGUGGCCAACCUGACGCUUCAGGUCGGUGUGCGAUGCAGGCCCCCGAAGACUGCGGGAGACGAGGCUGUUAGCGCACGCUGCCCUUACGACUAAGCUAUCUUGGAUGUGCACUGAUUAAUGACUUCUGAGCUCUGGUCAACUGCUUUUAAAUGAAAUGGAAGGUGACACCGUUCUGAAUUAAUUUACAAUACUAUCUGGUUUACCUGUUAGGUAUAACACAGCUGCCGCUACUUUUAAGUCAUUUGUGUGUCAGUAAGAGCUGUACAGAGAGCGACUCCUUGAUCACCCCCGCAAGCAACUAUACGAUUCCAUAUAUCGUUUGUUCAGCUUGACGUUGAAAGUGGUAGAAGUUCAGUUCAGUUUAUUUGAGGGAAGCAUAAGUGUUGAACCUUUGAACUCCCAGUUUGUUAUAAGGAAGUGAAUUAUAUCAAAAAUUUGAAAAUGGAAACAUCAAGCAGCUACAGAAUUUCCUCGAAACCGGUCAGAUGAACGAAUUGUUCCAAGUGUUAAAAACAUUAACAUUUCUAAGUUUGCUGUACAGUAGUCAGUCUAUGCAUAAUUGUACUGUAGAAAGUUGGUACGAUCUCAACUAUUUGUGAGAGGCUAAUUGAAUGCCAGCAUUCACAUUUAAUGGAUUUUGGAUAAUAAUAAAAUAAAAAACGAACGUUGCUGAAACACAGGCAGUAAUAUUAGAACGAUAAUAAACUGUUGGAACGAGACGCUAAGGCGAUGUCGGUCGGGUGACAUAAUGACGUGUGGUGGUAUACUGAUCCAGCUGGCGCUUAAAAGCCUCAACGGAUGCGGGCAUGACGAUAUCUGCAGGCACAGCAUUCCAAGCCUCGACACUGUUGGAAAAGAAGGACUUUCGUAUGUCCAGCCUGGCACCAGUCACACGUAGGAGGUUCGUUGUGGUUGCCAGCUCAAAGAAGUCCCCAGGUAAAAGACAGCAGUCCUGACCGCGCAUGAUACGGGAUGUUUGUAUUCAGUCGCCUUAUAACUGUCUGCAACUCAGAGGAAAAAGUCCAAGAUUGGAUAACCUUUUUUCGUAGGGUAGUGAACCCUGUCCACUAACAAGUUUAGUUUCCCGCCUUUGACCUUUCUCAAGGAUGCUGAGGUCUUUAGAGGUCCGGGGUUUCCACGCUUGAGUAGCGAACUCCAACUGUGGCCCUACAAACGUCCGAAAGACUUUAGCGAAGCAGUCCUCAUCGAAGGUAGAGAAAACUCACUUGACAAGGUAAAGCGCUGACAUCGCGGACUUGGAUACCUCAGAGCAGUGAAGCGACAGUUUAAGUGAAGCCGUGACCCACACAUCCAAGUCCUUCUGGGCGUCUACCUCCAGCAGUGGUAGGCCAUUUAAGUGGUAGACCCUGCGGCCUGGAGAUCGGGUCCUGCCGGCUCGCAAAGUGUUGCGCUUAGUCACAUUAAACGGCAAAAGCCAGUCCUGCGACCAUUUCUCGAACUGGCUCGGGUUUCCCUGCAAGCGUUCUUCGUGAAAUUCAGUUCAUAUGACGCUCGUAAGCUUAACAUCAUCAGCGGACAUGGCGACAUCACAAUUCGGUCCACUGACGCAGUCAUUGACGAAUACAAUGAAUAGGGUAGGGCCAAGGACGGAACCUUGAGGAACACCGUUUUCAACCACUACCUCCGCCGACUGUCUGUCACCGACAGGGACAGUUAUAGAACGACCGACCAAGAAGCCUUGAAUUCACCUUAGGAGAUUACCACAAAUGCGGGUUCGGCUUAAUUUGUACAGGACGAGCUGAUUUGAUACGCUAUCGACGCUUUCUUGAAGUCGAAAUAGACUGCGUGCACUGCAUUGCCGCCAUCAACUGCCUGGGUGAAGCGUUCUAAACAGUAAAGUAGGUUUGCCACGCAUGAUCUGCCUUUACGAAAUCCGUGCUGGGCAUCGCAUAACAGAUUAUGCUCUUCUAAGAAGCGCAUUAUUUCUCGCGUAAUUAUCUUUACCAAAAUUUUUCAGCAAACUGAAGUAAGGCUGAUUGGUUUGUAGUUGUUUGCUUGGACCUUGCUGCUGCCUUUAUAAAGCGGCGUGAUCCGUGCAUAUUUCCAAUCGAUGGGCAAAUAGCCUGGCUCGGACGAAGCUUGGAAGAGCGUGGACAGCUGUUAAGAUAGUUCUCCAGCGAGCUCCUUCAACAGUUUGGGCGGUAUGUCAUCCGGCCCAGGUGAUUUAGACUCAUUCAGCGCCAACAGUUCUUUGCGAACAAUAGCUUCGGUGGAAGAGACGGACUCUAUCCUUGACCCUUCCGCUAUGUCGCAGUCAGGAGGAAAAAGUGCGCUUUCCUUCGUAAAUAUGGACUUUAAGAAUUUUCGAAAAUUUGCACACUUGACUUAAGCGUUUUUCUGAAGACAAAGUCAACCCCUGUGCCGAUGCUUCAACUAGUAUAACUAUGCAGGAUCCUCAUAUUUACGCAUAUUUUUUCCCGACUUUAGGUCUGCCAACUGCCUUCUCCCAUUCUCCACAGCCUCAUUAUGUACUCGCUCUGGCUAAUUGAAUGUGCUCACCCAUCUGCGCGCUGUUACUCCCUCUACUUCCUCAGUAUCGCCCUUUGCUACGGAGCCACAUUCGAGUUGUUUCGGGAGCACCAGGGCUUGCGCUAUCUCUACAAUGCGGUAAGUUUUAUCCAACUCAGUCUAUCUCAGCCGCAAGCAGUCAUACUAUUCUUUUACUGACAGCCGUGGUCCUUAACCUGUAGCCGACUCUUAUAAGUGGCGUGUUUCUACCGUUCGGUACACCAGCAUAUAUUCAGCUUCCUCUCUCUCCUAGUGUGGACUUAGUCUACCUUUUGGUACCUCGAGAAUAUUUUUCAUGCUAACGCCUACAUUUACAGCGACAUCGGACCACCGAACUUGUCUGGUGAGCUUCUGUUGUCCUGUAUUCUCCUGUCAACUUCUCUACUUCCAUUCCUUGUAGGGAGAAGUACUGUAAUCCACGGUGCUUUAAUUCGAUCCAAAAUGGUCGUUUGCUGGUUUUUCUAUUUAUCGUUAUUUCAGUCGAGAGUACAUAACUUUGCAGCUGUAAUCUGCUGGACCGAGCCUUUGUGCAUUCAUUGCGGUUGUUGUUCCCCACCGCUGAAAUUAUGCUCACUUUGUUGAGGAAACAUUAUACCCGUAAUGUAACGCAUGGCUGGUAUGGGUCUGUUGUCAAUCUCCAGAAAAUAAUAUAACGUUUAUUAGCAGAAGUGACUUGGUGGAAGCAGUUCGUGCAGUUGAUCAGCGUCAGGCCUGCCACCGCCAGGCACACGUUGUCCCUAAGGCGUUUAUAUCGCCCUCUUUAAUCGCUCAUAUCAGGUGUGUUGACCAUGGCUGUAGACCCGCGAAGCUCAUUUUAGCGUCCAAGUGCCCACUUGCUGUACUCUCCAAGCGUUGCCACAUGUUCUGCCCUCUGUUUUUCAUGCAGCUUUGCGUUUUGCCCAUUCGUCUCACUGAGGACGAACCCAGUGUGCAAAAGGAUUCGACUUCCUGGCAUGUAGUGCGUGCCAGUCUUCUCACCAUCCGUCGUUUCUUUGAUAUCAGUCUCCUCCUCUGGAUGGACACAGUGGAUCCCAGUCUGGCGGGCAUAUUCGAUGAACCACCGCGCAUUGUGGCCGCUGCUGGCAACCGGGUAGGUUUGUAACCUCACUCAAGUAGUUAAUGACACCCACAGUAGCCCUAGUGCCUCCUACUUACGCCUGCUUCUCUGGUCUUUAGCUAAUCAAUUACUCCACCGAGCAGAUGAACCGCCUCCUGGCCUUACUUGUUUUCCGCAUGCGUCCAGACACUAUCUUCGCGCCGAUCCAGGAGUUGGCUGACCUCGGAGCCAUCCCCCUCCUCUACCGCAUUAUCGCGCGCAAUGUCUACGCCCAUGCUAAUUGGCCUGGCCGCUGCGAGUGCACACGCAUCGCGGUGGACAUUCUUAAUAUUAUGUCCCUCUCCUACAACCUAGCAGAGGCCAUUGUAGCCGCAGAUGUCUACUGCUAUCCGGACGGUCAGUUUAGCAUUCCAAACUCUGACAUGGCCAGUCGUCACUCACAUCUGCAUCACCGCCGACGCCGUCGUGACGACGGCGAAGAUGCAGACGAUGACGAGGAAGAGGACUUGGACGAUGAGGAUGGUACCAUUAAUUUUCCUCGGGUCAUUGUUCGUGGUAACCAUAACGCGGGUCCUGUUCAGUUGAUUGAUCUGCUUUUCGGACCUGUGCGCCAUCGCGGUACAACGAAUCAGCAGCGCCAACCGCGCAACCCGCGCGCAACGGCGUCCACUAGUUCGGCACCGUCUUCUGCCACAACAAGGCAAGAUGCCGGAAUACAAGACACAACUGGACCAGGUUCCUCGCGUCGGAACUCUCGCCGAUCUGUCGGUCCUCCACGAUUCGAAAAUCUGGAAAUUGAUGGACACAAUGAGGACUCUACCUCUGAUGAGCGCGUCAAUGGCCUGCUGUGAGUCUGUUCUCCUGUUGUAUUAUGGAACAAUUUCAUUUUGUACGCAUUGAAAACUCGCCCUGUAGCCCAGGAGUUCUUAGUAGUAUGUAAGUAAGACCAGUUUCCUCGACAACCUGUGCCCCCUUAACCUCAUUUCUUGACGCUACCUAAGGAGGAUGUUUAGAAUGGUUUACGUUGUUUGUUUAUGACGUGCGCUCAUUUUACUGAUCUUACUUUUAAAACCUCCACGACUCAUCCAUGGUUUUGUUUAAUAGAAGUUGACUCUCGUUGUUAUUUUAAUGCUGGUUCUGCUCUUAGUUUUACUUCAGCGUUCUUUGGGCCCCAUGAAGUCUGUGGAAUGUCGUCGAUUCUCGUCCGUAUAAUGUGCCCAGUUAGUACGCAUACUUGAAUUUGAGUUUUUGUCCUCAGUCUCGAUCUUAUGCAAGUGGAUGUGUUCUUUAUUUCAGUAUGCUGUUCACGCUGCCCCGUGACGACGACAGCUGGGAUGUGGGCGUGCAGAAGGCGAUCCUGUCUUUCAUUUGCACCCUGGUUUACAGACCAAUCAAUGAGCGCGAGCACCCGGAUCAGCCGGUACUGGCCAGCAGUGUGCUGUCCUCAGUUGCAACCUUACCCUUGCAGGAAAACCUCCCGUCGCCGGGUCCAGAAUGCCAGUUCACGCCCGCCAAGGUACUUUCGAAUCCUCUUUUAGGCAAUAAAUAUGUGCCGCCGUUGCAGCCUUCCUGUAAAUUAUAUAGUCGGGUUACUGUCUACUUGUCGUUUGUUAGUAGCCUUUUUAGAUCCGUUUCCAGAUUACCAAAUGCUUGUGAUAGAUUGCAGUGCAGACCUUCGAGCAGUUAGAAGUAAAACCCCCGAUUUUCUUCCAAUCAGAAACCCACACUCCUGAGUUUUUUUAAUAGCCCUAUUGAAAAAAGAGACCUAAGUGGGGAUGGGGAGGGGGGGGGGGUGAAUCUUCUGUCGCACGUGAUCAAACAGGACAUGGAUACCUCCAUAAUCCUCUAAGUUAACGCCAUCUGCUGUCACCCUUACCCCUUCAGAAAUUUAAUUUUGCCGAAUUGAAAAAGAGCCUUAUGUUUUUAAUAGACAUUUACUCGUCCAAUGACGGGGUCACGUGCAUCCGGAAGUGUACGUAAACGUCGGCUCGACAGCAUUCUGGCACCCACUUACGAAACACCAGCAAAGCAAAUUGCUGCCGGCUCUCAGCCGCCCCCGACGCCACUGUCUGUCAUGCCUGCCUCGGAAAGCCCUUCGAUGGUAUCUCCGGCCCCUCGUCAAACCGGUGUUCGUGGUCCCACCGUGGUUGAGCCCCUUCGGCACCCCCUACUUUAUCAUCAGAUGCGCCUGUGGAGCGUGGUUCGCCGACAACACGGUUUAAUGCUGCUGUUACAACAGUUGGACGUCAAACAACCCAUCUCCGAGGCUGACAGUGUUCGCACCCUGGCCUGUCGCGGUUUGGUUGGCCUCGCCCGGUCUGAGGAAGUCCGCAGCAUGCUUGCUAAGCUGCCACUUUUCACCAAGGGCUCUCUUCAGUGUACGAUUUUGAUUUUUCGCAUGCACCCAAAACUCAACAGCCUUCUAAAUCAGUUUCUUCAAUACUAUAUAGUCUUUUGACAUCUACAAGAGACCUGCAACUUGCUCAUUCUUCUCCCAACUGGGAUGAAAAAUAUUUCAUUAUGAUAUUUUCGCAUUUUUACGCUGAGCAGAGUUAUAUCUCCAGAUAGUAUCCCAUUAGAUCCUUUUGCCUACCACGCCUGACACAAGCUGGUUAUGAACCUGAAAACCGUUUUGGUCACGCUUUCAGUACUAAUGAAGGAGCCAAUCCUGCCGGAUCGGUUGGUGGAACACGCCGAAUUCUGCCGUUACGCGACUAUCCUGAUCCGUUUGGUUCUUGGAUCUCUCUCGGAUGGGAUAACAGCAACGGACAUGUCCUUGGAUCGCGUCCGUCGUGCAGUCAUCGUUGCUAAGACGCGUAUCCAAUGGGAUCAGGAAGAGCUGUUGGAACUUAUAUGGCGUCAUCUGCAAGCAAAGGGUAACCAGCUAUCCACUUUUUUCCCCUCAACUCAUUAUGGUGUCAACUUCUAUUCUGAAUGAGUAGUAUUUCUAGUCGGUUUUCUGCGCCCACGUGUACAAAUGCAGUUAUACUUAUUUUGCACGUGCAGGUUCUCAUGUUUGCGAGCUUGUUAGUUUACCAGACGGUAGCUUGACAAGUAAAGAAAGGCAUGUUCUCCUCUUUCUCCCACUCCAGGCUUACACGACGCAGCUGCAGCCCUACAAAGGGAGGCAAACUUGAAGUUAGAUCACGCCGUACCGUUGCAGUUACCUUUCUAUGAUGAUAUUGGAGCCACGCCUCCACAUCCUUUCUCCUCCAACACUGCCCCACAGCCCUUAGCGACUGAAAACUCGUCAUCCACUAGUACACUUGGACCAUCGGGCGAUGCCGGACUUGCAACUCCCACUCUUCGUGUAACAAAACUCCGUGCUACCGUUGGUGGAACUUUGUCUACCCCAAAGGUAUGUGUUCCUUGCUCAUCGGUACGCGCAUGCCUGGAUGAAUGCAAGUCGAUUUUUGGCAGGGGUUGUGUAGUUAUCUGACGUUCCUUACUUCUGCUCAUGUGCAUUAUUGAACGAACCUGAAACGCCUAUACUGGUUGGAUUAGCUGACCUACCUGUUGUUCCCUUUUUGCGAAGUUGUGGCGGUGUGGUUUCGUGGACGAACGGUAGGUUGACUGGGCGGCUAUCGGAGUUAGCGUCUGGCCGACAGACCACAGUCACAUCUGGGUGCUUUUUCUUCCAGCUGGCGUCAGCUACUUGUGCGCCGUCUAAAGUCUCUUAAUGAAUGUCUUGGGUUCUGUUCUCAUGAACGUUUGAGCACACAUUUCUCCCCUCCAGGUCGAAGUGCUAGCUCGAAAACGACUGCUAACCUGUUCUUGAUGGUGCAUAUAUAAUUAGGCAGGCCGCAGGGAAGAACAUGAGACCUGAAAUGAUUGUGCUGUUCUCCUUCUUCUUCUUACUUUUUUGAAUUUGUAGCUCACGUCUUCGCGUCUGUUCUCAUGCUCCUCUGCUUACUGCUCAGACAUAACAGUGGAUUUCGUAAAUGUACUGCAUUUAAUGCCGUCCUCCCUCCAAUGUAAAUGACCUUAAAAUGUCUUCUUUUCUUGCUUCUAAGCUCAUCUGUUUCCUGCAACGCUUCCGUGUAUAUAUUGGUGUUUUCUGCAAGACGUUUGAGUCCACUGUUAAAGGUAUUAUUUCUAGGUAACGGAUUUUUUGGGUGUCAUCUCCCGAUUGUUACCGACGUCUUAUUGUUGUAUAUGAAAGUUUUAACCCACAACGAAGGAAUGGUUACUCUUUCAGCCCCGGGUUUAAAAGCCGCUUCAUCGGUUGCUGUUAGUGGUAGGGUCGCAUACGGUCUCCUUUAUUGCUAAUUUAGUAAGUAAUAAAUAGAUAAAUUGUUUUGUCUAGCACCCAUAGAGGGUACUUGCGUGGUAUUGGGUGGCAUAAAAUACUCGGGUCUACGUAAGUUCCAUUCCAGAAUAGUGUGCCGCAUCGAUUUGUUUGUCAAUAGGGCUGUGCCCGUCUCUCUAUGGCUUUCUUGCUCUGGAGCAGGGGCGGAUUGCGCAGUUGGGACUGUGCAUGUUCACCGAUCCAUUCUCUACUCAACGCAUCGACCGCCAGCGGAUAGUCUAACUUCACUCUACUAGUUCAGAUCGCUUUGAACCAAGACGAAGAAGCAGCCGCAGACCAUGCAGCAGUCCCCAAUUUGCCACUCAAGUGACCUCUUUUAAAAGUACAAAAGCCAUAUGUAGCUCAAGAGCUGUCGUUUAUCGUAUAUUUUCUAUUCUCCACAGCCGGUCCAAGGUCUGGGCCACACAGAUGCUGCCUAGACCGGCCAAAGUACUGUAGAUGUGCUAUCUCACGAAACGUUAACCUAAAUUCUGAAAUGUGUCUUCGAUUCGGAAAGAUUAUUUUAACCGGGUUGUAAUACUAGUUAACGCACAACAUGAUCCCGAGAUAUUUCAGUCACGCCAGGAUGCCGGCUUUUGAAUGAGCUUCUUUUCGGCCGUCUGCACAUUCUACACUCUGUAAGGAAUGACUACCUACAGUAGGUGGGCUAACUCACAAAAUGUCAACUGAAAUUCUGAAGUGCGUUUUCGUUUCGAAAAGAUUAAUUAAGUGGAGUUGAAGAUCUAAUCCUCAAGCAGCAUAAUUCUAUAAUAAUUCAGUUACCCCAGGAUGCCGGUUUUUGAAAAAACUUCUUUCCGGCAGCAUGCAAAAUCUAUAAUCUGUAAAAAGUGAUUACUUAUAUAGCAUGCACUUUUCUCAUUGAUUUUCGAUGGCCUUAAAAAUUCGGUUAUAUUUUAUGGAAAACUUGCAUAACAUUAUUCAUUCUUCUACUCAUUCGGUAAAAAAUAAUGCCUUCUUCCAAUUUUAUACGCGAAGGCGGGACAUAAUUUGGUUUUAAAAAAGUUUCUAAUUGUUAGACUUUUAAAUACCGUGACAUGACCAAUCAUAAAUCGUCAUAUCUCUGAAUUUACCAAUGUGGCUUGUAAAGUUAACAAUAUGGAUCAAAUCCACUGCCUAAGUUUAUGAACCCCACACGGUCUCCUCUUAAUACGGUAGAGGAAUGUAUGGUUUCCUAUACGCAGAAAUUAUACGACUUGUAGUUUGGACCAGGUUGUUUAUUUUAUAAGUCACACUAAUAAACGUGCUGAUGCGAUGCUGUAUUAAUGGGCAUUUCGGGGUCUUAAUAUCCCACUUAAUUAGAAACUUUGAAAAUGAAGGACGCCCUUUAUUUGAGCACAAAAUUUGAGGAAGACGUAAUAUGCUACAAAACGACUACAGAAAAGAAUAUUUUUAUGUAUGUUUUCCAUGAAAUAUAAUUGGACUUUUAGGGGCAUCGAAAAUCAAUGAAAAAAAUUAUGCUACUUAAGUAGUCAUUUUUCACGGAGCGUAGUUUCUGCAUGCGGCCGGAAGGAAGUUCAUUCGAAAACCGGCAUCCUGAGGUAACUGAGAUAUGAUAUAAUUAUGUUGCAGGCUGACAAGCUUUACAACCCUACUUAAUUUAUCUUUUUGAACCGAAGACGAAUUUCGGAAUUUCUGUUGACAUUUCAUGAGUUAGCCCACCUACUGUAAGUACUAUCAGUAUCAGUAUAUUUCAGGGAAUUAUGUGUGUACCUUUGAAAUCCCUAUUGGUAGUAUGAGUUUCUCCCAUUGGCUUUCGAUACCCUUAUAAAUUUAAUCAUAUUUUAUAGAACUCGUUCGUAAAAAUAUUUUUUCGUAGUAACUUUGUAGCAUAUUACGUCUUCCUCAAAUUUUGUGCUCAAAGGAAGGACGUUCUUCAAUUUCAAGGUUUCUAUUUAUGUGAGAUUUGAAGACCCCGAAAUGCCCAUUCAUACAGCUUCGCAUCAGCACGUUUAUUAGUGUUACUUAUAAAAUAAAAAACCUGGUCCAUACCAAUUUCACAAUUUUAUGAGUGCUAUAUGACAUCCUUUUAACGGCGUAGAGAUAUGUGAUAUUCAUUUGACGGAAUGUAUACACCGUGCAAUUGUCUCUGAUGAUUGAUUUCGAGUGAGAAUCUGGGACGUCCGACCAAUAAACUCCUUGUUCCAGUGGUCGCAUCUUCUUCUGAAUCGUGUGGUUUGUAAACUCUGAAAGCAAGUGUAGCGGCAGGUAAGGCGAAAACUUAUCCGGGAAAUUGCAAAGUUUUUGAAAACCAAAAGACAUCUUUUCUUGGAGGAUGACAUGGUAUGCUUCAAAAUGAGUACAGUAAAGAAUAUGUUUGUGCACGUACUCUAUUGAAAAUUAUUGAAUUUAUAAGGAUAUCGAAAUCAAUGCAAUAGUUCGUACUACGUAAGUAUUCAUUCUCUACAGAGUGUAGAUUUUGCGGACGGUCGAGAAGGUGCCCAUUCAAAAGCUGACAUCUUGGCUUGACUGAAAUAUCUUGGAUAAUGCUGCGUGAUAACUAAUAUUAUAACCCUACUUAAGUAGUCUUUCAGAAUCGAAGGCAUGUUUCAGAAUUUCCGUUAACAUUUCAUCAGAUAGCACAUUCACUGUAGUUCCGGCGAAGGGUGACACUGCCUAGAUGCACCAUUAGUCAUUGCGUCAAAACUGAAUUGGUGGUAUGGUAAUGGCGGGAUUCAUUGCUCUAUACUGCUCUGCCCUGUACAUGACGCAUUACAUCGCGUAUCUGGUCAACGGCCGGCUGAUCACGCCAAAAAGUACGAUGGACUGCGGGACAUCUCCCCUCUGUCUUGAACACUGCAUUUAUUUACUCUCCCUCCAUCCUUAGCUGUAUCGUGACCGUCUAGAACGCCCAGGAGUGCCAAACUUGUACAUGAAGCAGCCGACAGCGCCGGCUGACUCAGAGAUGUCCCUCUCGAAGAUUGUGGAGUCUUUUCUGCUACAUCAACACGCCCAAUGUCCCUAUCCGGUCUCUGUGUGCCCGCGAUUCUCCCUUUACCAUCCGCAUCGAUGUCCCGAGCCCCAGCAAGACACUUCGGUCGACUACACUAGACGCCUGUUCAUGCGUGAGGCCUUCUCUGGCUCAAUGCGCAUGCGCUGCUCGCGAAAAUAUGACAGACGUUUCCUGCACAGCCGCUUCCAGCCCAUCUCUGUCGUACGGGAAUUGGAUGAAGACGUACAGACAGCCUGCUGCUUUUCGGUAAGUGCUUAAGAGAUAUUCCAGUCUGAUAUCAGUCUACGGGCUCCCUUUUGUGUGCUCCGUCGAUAGUUGGGCUCUGCCCUAAUAGGGGAUUAAGUCGGGCUUCUUAUUUCACUUGAUUAUGGCUUACUUCCACGUUUUCGAUCGGUCCACCGUGAAUUCUCCUCCAUAACUCUCUGUUCACUGUUGAUUUCUUAUUGAACUUCCGUGAUUUAAACAGGUCUGUUCCAUGUCAUUUACCUUUGGGCAUUCUUAACUUCGAAACUACAGAAGUGGACGAGCAUCCCCAAAAUAUAUUUGGUUUAUCGGUUCGUUCUUUGAAAAUUAUACACAUUGACUGCUGGGUGGGAUACAGGCGAAUCUUGUUUGCAUGAAAGGCAGGCGCAAAUAAUUGCCUCACUUCUGUAAACUUUUUUGUCCGUCAUAGAUGUUUUGGCAGAUUUUGAAUAAGUCAUAUCAAUCCAACUGUGAAAAACUCGGAGCUUCAGUGGGAUUCGAACCCACGACAGUAAGGUGAAAGCUUUAUUACAGCCAACGCUCUAACCACCUGAGUUAAGAGGCCCCGCCGGACCACCCGAGCCUGGUAGUCAUCUAGUGGAUUCUAGGUGAAUUACUUAGGAAAUCCUGCUUGGGCAGUCAACUUACUGUAUCAGAUAUGGUGUAUUCCAGACGCUGCAGUAGGUUGGACGGGUAAUGUGAUUAAACUCGCGUCGUCCGGCGGGGCCUCGUAGCUCAGGUGGUUAGAGCGUCGGCUGUACCAAAGCCUUCAUCUUACUGUCUAGGGUUCGAUUCCCACCGAGACGUCGAGUUUUUUACAGUUGGCUCAUCCUGAAGGUUUUGCCUCGCCCGUUUUCUGCUCAAUCCCCCCAAAGCACUAGUAACCAGUGGCUCAGAGCCUCUGAUGGUCCUCCUGCCAAUGACGUAAUUGUUCGCUCGUGGAAUCGACGGUCUGGAUCUGUGAUAGAAUCAAUGUAUUAUGACGGUCAGUGAUAGCCAUGAGCAGGUUUCUGCGGCGACCGCCAUUGUUUCCAAACCCUUAUGCAUACGUGGGCACUGGUGAGCAUCACAGCUGAUUGCGUCCGUAGGGUCAUAGUUGGCCGUCAGUUGCGCUGCGAAGUCGUAAUAGAUUCCAGCAGUGUGCGUAAACGCAUUAAUCAUGCCCGCGAUUUUGCCUGGUGCAGUCCUAAUUUCUGAAAGGUAUUUCUUCCUUCUCGUAUUUAUAAGUUUUCAGUAGAGGUAGGAAGACCAGGGUACGUGUCCCACAUGCAUUUUAUUUAACGAGAUGGUGAUUCAUUUUACGGUAGAAUGUCAGACCAGUCUGUAUAAUCUCUUGUGAUGGAGCCGUUUCAAGUAAGAAUUAAAAGGCCCUGAAAGCAUUGUUCCCCAAAAAUGUUAAUACGAUGACUCACUUUAAUGUGCAUCGGGGCCAUAACCUAUGUGUAUUAUAAUCUUUUGCAGCGUCCCACUGUGUGUUGCAUUUGUUAGAUGCAGGCAUCAAGCGCUACAUUAAAUCCCAUCUUCAGUUGGCUUGCUUAGGACUUACCGCCGGUAGGAGAGAAGGAAGAGAAUAUGAGGUCGAUCUAGAUUGGAUCAGACACUCUUUUAACCUAUCAUUAUGCGCUAAAGACCGUGCUUUGUGGCACUAGCAACUGACAACCAAAUCAACAUUACUUUGGACUGAGGGUCAGACUGCAAUGCUUCUUUCCCUCAACUUUUUCUAAUUGAGACUACGGGCGUUCUCACCGAAGUCUAGUAUGUCUAUGACAUGCAUAAGCAGAUCCCUUUGAGCUUUUUGAGUAACCAGAUGUUUUGCAAUUUAUGUCUUCCUCAAAUGUGAAAAUUACUUACAUUUGAGGUCUUCUAGGACCGGAAUCUCUCUCAAACUUCCCAAUUAGGCCGAAUUCUCGAACGUUUUUUUCUUUUUUUACUGACCGCAUUUUCGUUCAAAGCUCUCUACAAAUCGUGCAUACACCCCUUUCAUAAAAAAACAGAAUGAAAUAGCUAGCAAGAUUGCCGACAUUUAGCUCUUCACUCUGAGUCGAGUAAACGUGUCUGUCAUUAUAGAUCAGGAUUUUACUCUCUUACGUGGAGAAAGGAACUUUUGCAAUUCGACUUAUUUGUAUGGGCCUGAAUUUCGUUUCAUGUAAGGAUUCCCUGAUCCUCUGAGGAGUAAGCGCUCGUUAAGGGUUCUUAUUCACCUUAUGUCAGCCUGCCCUCAAGAAGGCUACUUAUAGUUCAGAAUCUAGCUGGACUCACCUGCCCAGUCAAUCGCCUGCUCCUGUCUCCGUUACCAUCCCAUUAGCCUCGCUACGUUUCCAUAUCUUGACUGCAUCUUCUCACCUCUGUCUUUUUCUUUUGACACAGCGCACUGAUGACGGCGCCUUCCUGGGCACCACUUCAGGUGCAGUGACAUGGGUUAACGUGGAGGAUGGUGGCCUCCCAGUUGAGCUCUUCCGCGCUCAGACCUCGCCCAUCAGUCGGUUAGAGCAUUCACGUGAUGGCCGACGUCUCCUGGUCUGCGCUGAUUGGGGCGAACCGGCCAUGGUGGUGGCUCGCCUCACCCCCACCAGCACUGAUGGCCUUGGCGGUGCUGGCGGCGGCAACGGCACCCCCUGGCGCGCAAACACCGAGGACCUCAUGUGCGUCUCACCCAUACCCAAUUUUAUUCCCUGGACACCCUUGCAUUCACGGCGAACAGACUUACACCAUUCUCUGGUUUUUUGCGUUUUUUGACAAAUAUUGGAUUACCUGGUCGGAUCUUAUUUCGUAGCCGUACCUGCAGUAGACAAGCCCCAGUCUAACUCCUAACAGGUACGGCUACGUAGUAAGAUCUUGCCGGUUAUUUAUCUGCAUUACGCUGCUCAUUCGCACCUGUUCCUCUACUCAUAACUCCCUUCUCCGGUCUCUUCCCAUCUUCCAGGUUCAGCAUCGAAGAGGCCAGAUACGGAGAAUUUUGCAGGACGGGACUACAGAACAAAGUCGUUGCUACAUACGGAAAAAUGGCCAAAGUAAGUUUCUGGCACUGUCGUUGUUAACAGUAUACCCACGUGUAGUUACAAUGCGGGAGCUGCUGUUUCUCGUGCCCUGGUCGGUUUCCAGUUUUGCAGUGAGUGCCUCACUGCAAUUCUGGUUAGUCAAAUUUUUUUAGGCAAAAUGACAUGUUUAUCGAUUUGGACGCGGCUUUGCUAGCCAGUUGUGCUUUUUGUAAUCGCCAAAUGUUACUUAUAGAUGAGUUCGCGCAGUGUGAGCAAGUGAAGUCAGGAAGUUAAGUAAUUUGCUCAUAAAUUUGGCCGCGGGGGAUCGACACGAGUGUGUACUUGACUGCAUUUUGAACCAACCUUCUAAUGUGUCUCGACUACUCAAGUUGCGAAGACCGGUUUGGUUGACGUUUAAAUUGCUCAUAUAUUAUUGUCAUUAUCUGCCCAUCCGGCUGACUCGCAGACCUAGGACCGACUAGGAAAUUACCUUCCGAUGUUGUGCAUGUUUCUCAAGCGUGGCAGGACAUAUUUCAAGCAGAAAAAGCUUACAGAGAGAACUUGACUUAUCCAACCAAUCAGCAAAAGGGUAAUACAGCGGACGCUAAUAACUACCUAUACCAAUGGCCGAUUGUCCACCAGGUGCUUCCUUGUGUAACUUAUUGGCGCCCUAUUUUCUGCCCUCAGCGGCCUUUCGCGGUUUAACAAAAAGUCGUGAAAUUUAUGGUGUCAUUAAACUCUGUGUGUUUCGCCACUGUCGCCCUCUUCAAUUUUAUUUCGGAAGAGUAAUGUUUCAAAUCCAGUAUGUAUCAUCGUCAUCUGGCGGAGAAAACGGGCGUAGCGAUCUAUAUUUGCACGUCUCAUACGACCAGCGAUAUUGUCCAGGGAAUUGAUAUUGCUUUAGGGAUGUCUGGAAAAAAAACCCCAAGUGCGGAAGCAGAGAGAACAGAGUCCAUAAGUUGGAACUACCUAUCUACCUCAAUUUUUACAUGGUGAACCUUUUAUUCGUCCUGUAGGCUCAAAUUCAUACCGGCUUCGUGAACUCGGGGCUGUGAGCACUUUCGAGAUCUUUAUGAUCAUGUUUCCAUACUUGGCAAACGAAUCCUGUUGAUGGGUUUGCAAGCGCCCUUUCGAUGUGCCUGUCCGUUUUCGUUUUUUUAAAAUACAAUCUGACGGAACCUGCAAGUUUGUUCGGGUAGGCUGUUUUUACCUCGGCCUGAUUGUCCACUAAUUACGCUGAGACCACUUUUUCUUUCAUUUUACCUAGGUAUAUGAUCUCACUACGGGUACCAAGAUUGCUGACCUCUUUUCAUCGGUCAAACAGAGCGACUACAUCCUAAACAAAGCAACCUUCUCAAUGGACGACAACCUGGUCUUAAACGACGGCGUAGUCUGGGAUUUGCGUUGUUCAGGUAGUGUCGACCACUAUCGUAAAGGUCUGUCCAGCCUACAAGCGACGGCUAGCGGUCCAGCUCACAGGCCGAUCCAUAAGAUUGACAAAUUUCAGGACCUUGUUUCCGGCGUUUUUCAUCCAAACGGCCUGGAGGUCAUUGUUGGUUCUGCCGUCUGGGAUAUGCGCACAUGGCGCCUGCUACACACUGUCCAGGCACUCGAUCGUAUGGAGGCCAGAUUCACGGAGAACGUUGAUGCCAUUUACGCCGGUAUGCACUAAGUAACUACUUCAGUCCGGCCAUUAUAACUGCUCGUCUACUUCAGCUUACUGUCUCUAUUUAAGUGUUUCAUACGUUCCUAGUACGUAAGUGCGUUUUUUUUCUCUCCAGGCAUCUUCGGCCCAGACUAUGAUGAUGUUUUGGAAGAACUUGGCGCUAACAGGUUGGCAAUGCAAAGCAUGUUCCGGACUGUGGACGCGCUCGACUACAGUCUGAUCGCCUCGGUCGAUGUAAAGCACCGAAUCGAACAGCUGGCAUUGGACUUCACUGGUCAAUACUUGGCAAUAAUUGCAAAAGUCGGGGAAAAGAACAGCAACGAUCCAAUAACCCAGUGCCGAAUUUACUGUAUUGGCAGAAAACGGGUAUGUUCUCAGACUUUAUGGUUGUCCUUUUUUGUGUUCCGAAAGGCGUUUGAAACAAAGUGUACCCCUACGUAACAUGAUUGGUGUACCAGUAUUCGAUGCUGACAAAAUUACACUGUCUUUCAUGUAGGAUUAUUGUUAUACUUGCGGUUGAAGCAUGGAGUUGACGUUUUACUGAAGCUUGUUCUUUUGUCGCCUAGAGUGAACGAGAGGCAGAUAACGACGAGGAUGAGCAGCCCAAUGAGGACGAUGAUGAUGACGACGACGACGAUGAGGACGUAAUGGAUGAUGACGAUGACGAUGAAGACAUGGACGAGGAUGAUGAUGACGAUGAUGAAGAAGAGGAGGAUGAAAGUACCGACGGCUUAUCGCCUCGACGGCUGCGUACACGAGAUGUGGCCCGCACUGCUGACGACCAUAGGAACACUUCUAGUCCACCUGAUCACUCAGAUGACACCUGGGAAGUGAACUCACACGGCAGCAGUAGCUCAAGUGACUCCUCCUGGGAAACGGAGGAGGAGGUUGAGGUCCCUCCGGACGAGGUUCAAGAUGAUGACCAUGAGGAUCGGGGGGAGGAUGGCGGCCACGCCGGAGGCGCUGCAGAUAUGGGCGACCCAUCUAGCGCAGAUGUCUGA